CCCGCGCCGAGCUCGUCACCCGCGCGUCGUCGACGGGCGGUCACCCUCCCCAAGGCCGCCCUCUACCCGCCGCGCGAGGAUAACCCAUCGCGUGACGCCCGCGCGGGAAGCAACAACCGUACAAGACGGACGUACGGGCAGGCGAUCGGAGCCCUCGUGGUGCCGCUCGGAAUCCACGCGCUGAUCGCCCCGGAGACGGCGCACGCCGCGGGAUGGUACAACGACGUGCAGAUGGGGCCCCGAGCGGACGGGGGGUUCGUCGGCGGCGGCGGCGGCGGCGUCGCGGGCGGAGGCGAACCCGCGUUCGGGUACGAGGACAGAUCGGACGACUACGACUACACCACCAAGGAUCUCGCGGUGGACCUGGCGUCGCCGCUGGUGGCGUACAAGGUGGUGUCGUGGGCGCUGAACCAGGAGGUUCCGCGGUGGCUCGACGCCAUCACGCUGGCGUUCACGCUGGCGGCGGUGUACGCGGUGCUCUUCGACGUCACCGCCCUAGACGAUCGCCUCCAGUGACGCCUGCUGUUUAGUUAGAACACUUGUCGUUCAUCGGCGACUCAAUUGAUCGAUUGACGGACGCUCGACU